AUGACCAAUCUCAAAGGUGAGUUCCUCAUGAACCAAGCUUCCAAUGAGAAAUGCCUGAACGAUUUCGCGGAAACCUUGCGCAAUUACGAGAGAGAGAACCGAGACCUUGCCAGACUCAUCUACCGUUUCUUCGAAGAGAUAGACGCCAUCUGGAAGGUACUCGGAAAGGACAGAACAUGCAACACCGUACUUCGUGAGUACCAAAUUGAAGAAGGAAUUUUCGAGGAAGAAGAGAAACACGAAGAAGAAGAGGAAGAAGAAGAGAAACACGAAGAAAAGGAAGUUUGGGCAACCCUUGUUGCCGAUGACGGUUACGAAAUUUCCCAACCCUACCCAUACAAAAUCCGCAACAAGGAGACCGGCAAGGUUCUUACCCCAGUCCUCAACAACUUGGGACACUUGAGCCUUACCCUUCGGAAUUACGGUACAAUUUCCAUGGGAAGGCUUGUCGGUAUGCAAUGGGUUCCAAAUCCAAACAAGAAGACGAAGGUCAGACACAUUGACGGUGACAAGCUCAACAACCGUAAGGAGAACCUCGAGUGGUUCUAA